UUGCCUUUUGAGUAUUCCUCACAAGAGUGAUUUUUCUUUGUAGUUUAUUGUCAGCUUAGCGCUAGGAUUUUGUUUCAUAGUUUCUCUUGUCAGCCGUUUUGUUUCCCUCCCUUUUGGAGUGAUUUUGUGUUCAUUUUUAUUUCCCCUCUUUAGUCUAUUUCCCAGUUCAUUGUAGAGUUUUGUAGAUUCCUUUGCCUUGGUAAAGGCAAAGGAAUGAACUCCUUCUGAUAUCUCCCUGUCUGCAUCUUUCUCACUGAGGUCAACUGAGUGUUUGAUCUCCUGAAUCUUCAGCCGUCUCUUCUGGAUCAUCUGCUGAAUUUCAGUCUCCGUCUUCCCCAGAUCUGCCUUCUUUUCUUUAUAUUCUUCUAUCAGAGGAACAACAUCAUGCAUCUUGUGGUCUGAAACAGUGCAGAGCAUGCAGACACACGUCUGGUCGGUCCUACAGAACAGCUCCAGAGGUUUAUCGUGCUUCGUACACAUCCUGCCUUCCAGGUUCUCCACAGCGUCGAUCAGCUGAUGUCUUUUCAGGCCUGACAUUGUCAGAUGAGGCUCCAGAAAAACACACUUUUAUUGACUUCCUCCACCACGGUCAGCGUGACGCUUUUAUUGUGAAAGAAUGCAAGUUGAGGGGUGCUGUUUCCGGCGGUGGGUUGUCAGUUGGUUGACGGUUGAGUCCAGGCAGGAGAGGCUGCUGCUGCUGCUGCUGCUGGAUUCAGGAGACAAACAAAAUGGACAGUCAAGGGAGAAAAGUCGUGGUUUGUGACAACGGAACCGGGUUUGUGAAGUGCGGCUAUGCAGGCUCCAACUUUCCUGAACACAUCUUCCCAGCGCUGGUUGGCCGGCCAAUCAUCCGCUCCACAGCUAAAGUUGGCAACAUUGAAAUCAAGGACCUGAUGGUGGGGGACGAGGCCAGCGAGCUGCGCUCCAUGCUGGAGGUGAACUACCCCAUGGAGAACGGCAUCGUCAGGAACUGGGAUGACAUGAAGCACCUGUGGGACUACACCUUCGGCCCCGAGAAACUCAACAUCAACUCCCGCGACUGCAAGAUCCUCCUGACGGAGCCGCCCAUGAACCCCACCAAGAACAGAGAGAAGAUCAUAGAGGUGAUGUUUGAAACGUACCAGUUCACAGGAGUUUAUAUCGCCAUCCAGGCUGUCCUCACUCUCUACGCUCAAGGCCUGCUGACAGGAGUGGUGGUGGACUCUGGUGACGGCGUGACUCACAUCUGUCCGGUGUACGAGGGCUUCUCACUGCCCCACCUGACCCGCCGCCUCGACAUCGCAGGGAGGGACAUAACACGCUACCUCAUCAAGCUGCUCCUGCUGCGAGGUUACGCCUUCAACCACUCGGCGGACUUCGAGACGGUGAGGAUGAUGAAGGAGAAGCUGUGCUACGUGGGUUACAACAUCGAGCAGGAGCAGAAGCUGGCGCUGGAGACCACCGUGCUGGUCGAGUCCUACACGCUCCCGGACGGCCGGGUGAUCAAGGUGGGAGGGGAGCGGUUCGAGGCCCCCGAGGCUCUGUUCCAGCCUCACCUCAUCAACGUGGAGGGGGUGGGCGUGGCCGAGCUGCUCUUCAACACCAUCCAGGCCGCAGAUAUCGACACCAGGUCUGAGUUCUACAAACACAUCGUCCUGUCUGGAGGCUCCACCAUGUACCCCGGCCUGCCGUCCCGCCUGGAGCGUGAACUGAAGCAGCUGUACCUGGAGCGGGUGCUGAAGGGGGACGUGGACAAGCUGUCGAAAUUCAAGAUCAGGAUAGAGGACCCCCCUCGGCGUAAACACAUGGUGUUCCUGGGCGGUGCCGUGCUGGCCGACAUCAUGAAGGACAAGGACAACUUCUGGAUGACGCGCGAGGAGUACCAGGAGAAAGGGACAAGAGUGCUGGAGAAGCUCGGAGUCACCGUCAGAUAAAACACAAACAGAACCCCCCCCCCUUUGUCCCCCCACCUGCUCCUGGAUGGUCACCGUGUCAUCCAUCCAUUCAGAAAGCAAGGAGGGAUGGAGGGGAACAGGGAUGAAGGAUUGAGGCUGAGAAGUCUCAAAAAAUUUGCCCACAACACUCAAAAAAAAAAGAGAUUUAAAUUUUAAGAUGCAGAAGAUAGUGCCAUUAAGUACUCAAUUUAAAGGAAUAGUCCAGUAUUUUAGCAAAUAUUUGUUCUCUUGGUGAGACGAUGAUGAGAAUGAAACGGCUGUUGGAGCCUGUUAGCUUAGCAUAAAGACUGGGAGCUGGAGGUGCGGUCCAAAGUAACAAAGCCUGGCCACAGCACGGCUUUUCAUCAUAGUAACACGUGUCAGACUUUAGUUAUUCAGGAUAAAAGCAAUUUGCUAUUUUUUUGGGCUUAAUUGGCAUAAAAAAUAUCAGAAUUUUAAUCUAUAGGUCUAUAAAUGUUCAAAACAGCUUCAAUGUGAGAACAUGUUAACAGUGUUUUAGCUGGUGUUGUAUAAGCAGCUGCAGAAGUUACAAACAGCACAAAAAACACUGUGUGAAACACUGAGCUUUACAACAGAGCAGCAGCAACAUUAGAGCUGGAGACAACACGCUCGUCUUGCUGUGAAUAGUGAAAUGAUUAUCCAAGUGCUCUGAGGCUUCAAUAAACGCCAAAACCGCUGUAAAAAUGUAAACAGUUGGCAUGAAUCUGGAUGCAGAUACCCAGGAUGAUCGGUGGUCACUUAACUGAGCUGCAGGUUAUGAACUGGACUUUUUUCAUCACUGUGGACAAGAAUUUGAUUUUCAAAAGUUAAAGAAAAACCCUAAAAGUUCAGCCAGGUUAUGAGAAAAGACAAGAGGUGAUAAAAAUAUUGAUAGGCUCCCUAACAUUACCCUAAAAACAAAAUAAUCUGUGAGCUUUAAAGGCGCUGCCAGAUGGAUUUGUUGCCUCGACACAAUACGACAUUAUGCUUCCUUUCUUUGUUUCCAAUCUUUAUGCUAAGCUAACUGGCUGUAGCUUUAUUUUUUACUCUGAAGACACGAGAAAGAAAGCUAUUAAAGCAAAUAAGUGUAUUUUCCAAAAUGUUGAACUAUUCCUUUUAAAUAUGAAUCAUCAUGGAUGAUAAAACUGUUUGCUUUGAUGAAGUAGAGAUUCUUUUUUUUCCGAGCAGCUCCUGUGACUCAUGUUUUUUUAAUUGUGUGCCUUUAACACAAGGCCAGAAUGAACUCCUGAGUGUGUUCAAGUUAAAGAUGAAGAUCAUUAUUGUUAUUAUUAUUAUUAUUAUUAUUAUUAUUAUUAUUAUUAUUAUCGAUGCAUUUGAGUUCCUUUCCGAGACCUUUGCCAUAAAAAAAACGUGCCACCUAAUCUGUCAAAACAGAUGUCGGCUUUAAAGAUAAUGGUGUCAGUGUGGAGCAUCAGAGAUCAGAUAUCUGAUCACAGAUCAUCACAAACUGAGCAUCACUUCCUGACGAGUGUUUUUAACUCUGCACCUUGUUUAUUUCUCUGCUGGGACGUUUGCUUUUUGCUUUCUGAGCGCGGAAGUUUCUUCCACAAGAUUUAAAUAUGAAGAUAUGAAAAACAUCUUAAGGCUUUUAUUGUUCCCGCCCUCUCGCCGAACAGGAAUCCUUUUAUUUUUUUUUCCUUCUGUAUCCACUUUACCACCAACAAAUCAACUGUUGCAGAUCUCAGUGGAGUUCUAAGAGAACGGUUUGCAUUCCUUAACGAAGAGAAAUCGUCGAGUCAUUCCUCAGUUUGUCCCGUCACAUAUCAACAGCUUCCUGCAGCUUCUCUGAAACGUGUUCAAUGAAAAGUCAGAACUCUUCUGUGCUUCACUGAACAAUUAUUUGAUUUUUCAAGAAAAUAUUUUACAGGAUUAAUCAUUUAAAAAGAAGUUAGUUGCAGCACAACAACAAUUUGUGAGUUUUCAAAUCUUUACAGGAUUUGUGAUGGAAAAAAACACGUGUUUUGAUAUUUUACAUUCGUUUAACGUCGUUUUUUCCCACCUUACUGAAGAGAAAGUUUGCAUUCUUUUUUAUUAUUCAUUCUUUUCAUAACAAGUUUAAUGAGCCACUCAGUGGAGAAACAGAUCUGUGAUCAGUGACGUGGCAGUCCUGGGUCAGUGCGACUCAUUUCUCUGGUGCCAAUAAUGCACCGAGCUUUCAGUCUUUCUGCUCAUGUUCCUGAUGAUUGGAGUGCUUUCUGUCUCAGAGGAGACCAGGACAGGAACUCUGACUGACAGCUGAAUCACUCACUGUGCUCACAGUGAAGCUCUCGGCCCGCAGCAGCUGAUCUGGGUCCAGUCAUUGGCUGGUCCUAGAUCAGAUGUUAGGGGCACAAUGAAACAUAUCCUGUUUGAGGAGGAAAUUAUUCCAUGUGUUGGUGUAGGAGGAGGAGGAGGAGGAGGAGGGGAGGUGUGGUAGGAGAUGAUCAGUGUUAGUGGAUCAUACAAACAUUUCUGGAUCACAUGAUCAUUUCUGUGCAUUAAAACGUUAAUGUUAUUAAAUGCACCUUUUCUUUUCCUGCAACGGCAAAUCACAAGUUAAACUGUGAGCUCGUGCUCCGUUCAACUAGUGAAAUCGUUCUGGGAUGUUUGUGCAUCUCUAACAGUGAAUCUGCUCUCAAGGACGACGGAGUCGCUCCCUUUCAUCCUGAAUCUUCCUGUCUCCACACCUCCCUCUCCUUCCUGCUACUGAACAUGAAUCUGUGGGUUUGUGGCUGCAGGAGAAGGUGAAUUGUGUUGAAAUAUUAUUUGUAAUAUUAAUAAGAAUCCGGUGUCAGGAAAUGGAGGCCACGUAAAAGCUGGUAUUUGUGGUUUUCCGUCUCGGUUCUUAUGUGUAUAUUGGAGGCACUUGGCUCACAUAUAUAAAUAUAAAUGUAUAAUUUCCUUUUGACAAACACGGUCAUCAAGUGCCAAGUACAGUUAUUCUUGCAGGAUGUUAUUUUUUGUCGUACUUUUUAUGUUUUGUUUAUAGCAUAACUGCCAACCGCUGAUUUAAAUAAAGUAAAGUGAUUUA